UCGCAUCGAACUGUCACGGGCGUUCAUGAUUUCAAAUAAAAAGUAACUUAGUUUCUUCCAUCAAAUAGUGCAAACAAUUUCGAUUUCUAAUUUAAUCUCUUUUAAGAUGUUUACAGUGGCACAAUUUUUCGAGAAGCAACAGCUACGUGUGCUUCCAGUUCCGGUUUCUUGGGUACGUGACGGUCUUUUGAUGUGGCCAAAGAUUCCAUCUAAUGAAAAGCUGGACAAACUGCGGAAGGACGGGACAGAAUUUCACGGGGCUACGAAGAAAAUUCCGGUCAUAACGAGUCGGAAGUACAAAACCCUUCAGGCCGCAGAAGCUGCUGCUGACGACCUUCUCAAACAAGAUGUUUCCGAUAUAGAAACAAAACGGCAACUAUUAAAACACCGCAAAAUCAAGAUUACAGAAGUGCGUUCUAAAGACUACAAUAAGAUCAUUCAGGACAUUUCUUCGUUGGAUGUUCCGAUGCACUUGAACACAAAUGAGCCUCUUCAGUCACAAGACCGUGGAGAUCAAGGAGCCGACCUUUGUUUGUUGCUUAAUUCACCGCCGGAGAAACGAUUUGUCGAUACCGGAGCGACAACAAGUUAUGUCCAAGAACGAUCACAGCAGAGCCAGAUUUUUGAAAUGACCGCAGAAACAAUGAAGGAUUCCAAGCCUUGCUACCAGCCAAUAAAAUCCGUAGGAGCUCGAAAAAUGAUACAGACUCCAUUCAAUUCAACUGCGUCAUUACACAUCGUCGGAAAUCAAACGGGAGCACAAAGUUCACUAGUACAAACUGUCCAGAAACCCACUUCUGGAGUUAUGCUGGAUAUUGGUCAUUCUUCGAAUUUACCUAAUUUGGUUUUGCCACUUGAUUCGCAAAGUAAGCGAAACCAGAAGGACAGCAUUCUUCCAGCAGAAGACUGUUUGGACUGUUUGGAAAACAGCUUUCCACGUUUGGCAACAAUGCUUGAUAUAGAUAAAAAAGAGCCCUCCAAAUUGCAAGAAGGCGGAUCGGUAGCGGAACACGUAUUAAUAAACGACGAGAACGACUUAAUUGAUUUCAACAAGAAGUUGUGCAACAAACAAUUAUCCGAGGAUUACGUCACGUAUUUCACAAAGAUCAUUCCACCGGCUGCUUACUAUGAACGAGGGGAUUCAGCAUGUUACUUAAUUGUAGACUGCUUGUUCACCCGAGCAUUCUGGAACAAUUUUACCUGGACCGGUAUCAACAGAGGAAACAAAUCCAAACGUGGGUUCCGUGAGUUUGCAAAUGUAUUACAAUUGCUACUUGAAAUAGUAAGCACUGGAGAUCCAACGUACACCAGCAUCAAGCUAGAAUCCUUCUGCAAGAAUCGACUUUUUCGGUACUCUAAAGCAAGGUCUACUAGUAAGAAACUACGGAAGCCCACAUGUCGUACAAGAGGAAAGAAAAGCAAUGUGAGCGGCGUGAGUAACGUGGCGGAUGGUGUUUCAGUAGAUAAUAGCGUUGGCGAUGAUGAUGAUGAACCGAUGGAUAAUAUUACUACAGACUCUAACCAAGGUGAAACUGAAGACGAUACAGAUUACGGACCAGACAUGGCCCCUCAUGUUGAAGUUUUGUUACAUUCUGACAUGGAAUAG